AUGAACGCAUCUAUCAUCGAUCCGUUGCAGGGAGAUUUCCCUGAAGUGAUAGAGGAGUAUCUGGAACUGGAACAUGGGAUUAUGAAAUGUAUUGCUUUCAACCGUCGUGGUACCCUUCUUGCUGCAAAUAGAGCAGCCGGUAAUUUGUGCGUGGAGAAUGUAAGCUUACUCUGUAUGUUUUUGGCUCUUUGCCAUGGUUCGCCUUCUGCCAUCGAUAACACGGACUUAUCCCAUUCACGCUUUGUAUUUGGACUUUUCGGUCCUUUCACCCUAAAAUCUGGCUGCAAUGAUGGAAGUUGUGUUAUUUGGGAUUUUUUAACCAGGGGUGUUGCUAAAGAGCUUCGAGACAGUGAAUGUUCUUCUCCCAUUACCAGUAUUUGUUGGUCAAAGUGUGGUAAUCGAAUUCUUGUAUCUGCUGCUGACAAGUCGUUAUCCCUGUGGGAUGUUUUGAGUGGUAAGAGGAUAAGAAGAAUAGUUUUACAGCAAACCCCUUUACAAGCUCGUCUUCAUCCAGGGUCCUCCAAACUCUGCUUGGCGUGUCCUCUCUCAUGUACUCCGAUGAUUAUUGACUUAAACACUGAAGAUACAACUUUUCUUAAAGUUUCUGUCUCUGAGAAACCAAAUGGACCAAACCCUGCCUCCCGCAAUAAGAGUUCUGAUGGAAGUACCUCCUUUACACCUACUGCCGCGUGUUUUAGUAAGUAUGGAAACCUGGUUUAUGUGGGAAACUCUAAAGGGGAAAUUCUUGUAAUUGACAGUAAAGACGGUGAGGUGCGUGGCAUGGUUCCCAUCUCUGGUGGUUCAGUAGUGAAGAGCAUUGUAUUCAGCAGGAACGGACAGUAUCUUCUAACAAACUCUAAUGACAGAGUAAUAAGGAUCUAUGAAAAUCUUCUUCCUUUGAAAGAUGAAGUUAGAGUACUAGAUGAACUGAAUAAGAGCUUCGGUGAUCUAAAUGGUGUUGAGAAGUUGAAGGCCAUAGGAUCAAGAUGUUUAACUUUAUUUCGAGAGUUUCAAGACGCAAUAACAAAGGUGCACUGGAAAGCACCCUGUUUCAGUGGUGAUGGUGAGUGGGUUGUUGGUGGUUCUGCUAGCAAAGGAGAGCAUAAGAUUUACAUAUGGGAUAGAGCUGGACAUCUUGUGAAAAUCCUUGAAGGGCCUAAGGAAGCCCUUAUUGAUUUAGCAUGGCAUCCUGUACGUCCUAUUGUUGUAUCUGUUUCUUUGAAUGGCAUAGUUUUUAUCUGGGCUAAAGAUUACACCGAGAACUGGAGCGCUUUUGCUCCUGAUUUCAAAGAGCUUGAGGAAAAUGAGGAGUACGUGGAACGAGAAGAUGAAUUUGAUUUGAAUCCUGAGACUGAGAAGCCAAAAGGAUCUGAUGUCAAUGAAGAUGACAAAGUUGACAUUAUGACAGUGGAGAAGGAUCCUAAUUUCAGUGACUCUGAUAUGUCCCAAGAAGAAUUAUGUUUCCUACCAGUAUCUCCCAUACCUGAUGUUCAUGAACAGCAAGAUAAGUUCUUAGAAAGUUCUUCAAAGGUGGUGGACAGCAAUAACUCUGGAUCCCCAUUUUCAGAAGAGGCUGUUACAAAUGAACAUAUGAUGAAUCAUGCCUCAAGUCCAGUGGAAGAUGAUGCUGCGGGAACACGAAUUAAAAGAAAGCGGAAACCAUCAGAGAAGGUGUUGGAGUUGCAGGCAGAAAAAGUCAAGAAACCUUUGAAAUCUAGCAAAUCGUCGAGAACCAAAACAAAAUAUUUGGUUGAUGAGAAUGCUGGUAAUGAUUUUUAUUAUGAUGAGCUUUCUGAUGAAUAA